GCCGAGCAGCAUGGGCAGCGGGCGCAGCGCGCGGAGCCGCGGCGGGGCCGCCUCGGGCUUGCUGCUGGCGUUGGUGGCCGCGCUGCUGGCCGCAGGUUCGGCCAGCGAGUACGACUACGUGAGCUUCCAGUCGGACAUAGGCUCGUACCAGAGCGGCCGCUUCUACACCAAGCCUCCGCAGUGCGUGGACAUCCCGGUGGACCUGAGGCUGUGCCACAACGUGGGCUACAAGAAGAUGGUGCUGCCCAACCUGCUAGAGCAUGAGACCAUGGCAGAGGUGAAGCAGCAGGCCAGCAGUUGGGUGCCGCUGCUCAACAAGAACUGCCACAUGGGCACCCAGGUCUUCCUCUGCUCGCUCUUCGCGCCCGUCUGUCUGGACCGGCCCAUCUACCCGUGCCGCUGGCUCUGCGAGGCCGUGCGCGACUCGUGCGAGCCGGUCAUGCAAUUCUUCGGCUUCUACUGGCCCGAGAUGCUCAAAUGUGACAAGUUCCCUGAGGGCGACGUCUGCAUCGCCAUGACGCCGCCCAAUGCCACCGAAGCCUCGAAGCCCCAAGGUACAACCGUGUGUCCUCCAUGUGACAACGAGUUGAAGUCGGAGGCCAUCAUCGAACAUCUCUGUGCAAGCGAAUUUGCACUGCGGAUGAAAAUCAGAGAGGUGAAGAAGGAGAAUGGUGACAAGAAGAUUGUCCCCAAGAAGAAGAAGCCCCUGAAGCUGGGGCCCAUUAAGAAGAAGGAGCUGAAGCGGCUCGUGCUGUUCCUGAAGAACGGGGCCGACUGUCCCUGCCACCAGCUGGACAACCUCAGCCACAACUUUCUCAUCAUGGGCCGCAAGGUGAAGAGCCAGUACCUGCUGACGGCCAUCCACAAGUGGGACAAGGAAAACAAGGAGUUCAAAAACUUCAUGAAGAAAAUGAAAAACCACGAGUGCCCCACCUUACAGUCUGUUUUUAAGUGAUACUGGGGUGGACUGGGGAGGGAGUGUGUGACCUGGGGUGAGGGUGGGGGCAAGGGGACGGCCCUGGCUCUUGGGGUUCACAUAUUGCUCUUGCCCAUUACAGUUGUGGCUUUUGCAUCGCAGCUGGCUCCAUUCCUACAGCGACCCCACUCCCCCCUCUUGACAUAGCCGCACUCAGCUAUGUCCAGGGCUCUUUAGACUUUUUUAGGCUUUUUAAGGGCGGCAGCAGGGCCAGCAGUCACUGUGCAAAAGGAGGGGCAGGAUCCUUUUACUGAGUCUCAGGCACACACACACACACACACACACACACACACACACACACACACGUUUACCAGUUUGGAAAGAAGUGUGUGAGGGCAGCUGACGCAAGCUGUAUGCGGCUCUGGACAUCAUUAGGAAUUGCUCAUGGAGUCUAUGGGUAAACCAAGUCCUUGCAGGUAGAAAAAUUUGACCAUUGGCAAGGCAGGUUGCUUUCAGUUUGGUAGUAAUCCUCCCUUUUUUGCAUUAGAUAAAACCAAGAGCACCACCACCCCAACAUACACACACACACUCCCAAGGUAGCUGGGGUAUCCCAGUACAGAAUGCGAUAGACAAGGGGUGGGAUGGGGGGCCACUGCCUGUUCUACCCUCAGCUUUUGCACCAGUCACCUUUGAUAGGAGACUCUUGGUCUCAGAUGGCCAUGCCUAUCCAUCCCUUGGGACACAAAGGUGACGGAGGCUUGCUUUUGUAUGAGGAGGAACAUGGGCAGGCAUGAAGAGAUAUGAGGCAUUUCAGGAUGAGCAGCCAAUGGUUUUCAAAAACAUAGUGAAAGAAAAAAAAAAAACUAAGAGCAUCAGCAAGUCACGAGUCAGGGUGAAUGGGGAGCCUCACAUUGUGGCUUCAUCUGUCAUAUUUCAAAAGAACAGCCGCUACAUAAACAGUGACAAAACCUCACACACCCUUCAAGGCUUUGAUAAAAAUCCACACUGAGCGUUUAAAGGACAACCAAGACUAAGAUCUGUAUCUCUAACUGCCCAAGGCUGCCCUCUUAGUGAGCAUGCUGUCUGCGCAUGUGCUAUGGAAAGUAACAACUGUCUGCGCAUGUGCUGCGGAGGGGGCGUGGCAUCAUGGUAGUUCCCUGCUGCCCUGGAACCCGCACAGCUGUGGAAGCUGUCAGUAUCUACAGGGCAAUCCAGAUUCCUUUUUCUCCAAGGAGAUCCAUUUCUUUCAACAUGACUGCGUAUGGUUAAAAGAUACUCGAAACCGCUGCCUGCCUGACCCCUCCACUUUUGCUUUUGUAUCCCUCCCACCACUCGUGCGUUUUGAGGAUGUGUGUCCUGCCCAAGGAGAAGGCGACAACAGCUAACCGUUGGCAAAAGUGCCCAAAAGUAGUCCUCAAAGUUGGUAUGCUUAGUAAAUUAUGUAGAUAAGCCGGUUCUCUUCCGCAGCCUAACUCCUGCUGUCCGAGUAGCUCUAAAGAAAAAAGACAUGAACGCUGAUUUCUUCCACCAAAGUCUUGACCAUUCAUUCAUUCCCCAGCACACCUCAAGGAACACAGUGGCGGUCUGUCUCCCUGGGGUGCUCAGUCCUGCUGCAGCAUUGUGAGAAGUUGUGUCAUCCAGUGGCCUUGGACUGACACAGAAACAGGGAAAUUCUGGUAACUUCUGAACGGCUGUAGCCUGGAAAUCAACAAGCCAACCUAGUUACCGACCUGAGUGGGAUACUGACCUAGUUAACCUCCUGUUUAGUAAUCCCAUUAUCAUAACACUUAAAUAUUCUCUCAACCUUAACGUUAUUAGGGGCCUUAAAUGAUUUGCCUAUACUUUUGGAUGAUUUUAAAAUGCACAUACGUAUUAGUAAUUAGUAAUAGUCUACUUUUCUCAUUGUUCAACUGAAACACAAGUGUAUUUCAUGAGUGUGUAGAGUGAGGCCUAGAGUUGCUAGUUUAGGGCUUGCUGAAGGGCUGCUCACUUGGGCAAAGUGGGUCAUGCAGCAGGGCCCUCUCCAAGUGACAGAGGACUUCCUACGGGAGUUUAUAUGGGGGUGUGUUAGCAGUUUCACAGAAAGCGAGCCGGGGCCAUGCUGGGCAGCUCUAGAUUAGAACCCUCAGGUAGGAGGCAAUGCUCUCAGAAAGAAUUCACAAUAAACUGAUCCCGUGAACUGCAGCGGCUGUCGCACCCCCCACCCCGCACCCCACCACUGCAGAAUCCCUGACAUUAGAGUUCUAUUGUGGACCUGUGAGGAUUUUAGACGCGUGCACGCCAGUUUUGUCAGCGCGAUCUCAGCAGGUCAGCACAAGCAAGGGAGGCUAUCUAUGACCCCAAAGCUGCAUGAUCUCCAACCUUUGUUCUUUUCGACAAAAGGCACAACAAACCAAUGUGCAGACUCAUGGGCCUCGGCACCAGCUUCCAGCAGAGGAGGUCCAUGUGCGUUCUGACCAUUGUUGCCAGGGAAAGGGUCAGCCUUAGACCUGCGGAUCCACUGGGCACUACCAGUAGAGAGAAGAUAGGCUCGGAGGCAAGAACUGUAAUACUAUUUUAAGACAUUCUGUAUCCACACUCAACUCUCGCGGUUAGCGGGUUAGCGGGUUAGCGCUACGUUCCCCCCGGGGGGCCGGGCCUGAGCAGGAUUCCGGCUAACUGUGAAGGUUUCAAUCACAGAGAUCUCAUUUCCCAAAGCUAGAGCCUGUCUUCCUUGUUAGACUCCGUGUAGCUAGAUGAUCUGUUGUGCCUUCACAGCGGAAGUGUUUCGAGAUAUGUUUCAGAAGCAAACCUGAGGCCACAUCUCCACGCUGGCAUGCUGGCUGCUCUGACCUGGCUUCGCAGGUCCCCAGCACACAGAUGGAAUUCCUGCUGGCCCUAGUUCUUUCGUGAGGGACUCCACUUUGAGAGUCCAAAACUUUUAUAAAAAGCUUUGAAUACUGUGAAGACGUUUUACAUUCCAUUUCAUUUGUGUUGUUUUUUUUAACUACAUUUGACCAGAUGUUUUGAUGUUAUCACUUAUGUAAUAGUAAUUCCCAUAUGUGUUUUGUUUUCAUGCUUUUCCUGCCAUGUAUUCACUUGACUAAAAUCACUCAAUCAAUAACAAA